CUAGUGGGUGUAGCUACUUUUGCAGUUGAAUAUAUAAGUAGAUCUGGUUCUUGGUGUCUUCUACUUUCGCUCUCUUCCUGGAAAAUCACGAUGGGAAGUUCAGCAGUAGUAGGUUGGACUCUUCUUUAUGCUAUCUUGGCUCUUAUCUCAACCCAACAAGACUACUCAAAUGCUGCCUUGUUGCCGGAGACACUCAAGUUAAUCGAAGCGGCCAACGCCGAUGGACCUUAUUUAGGGUUGGUCAUUCCAAACACUUACGAAUUGAACCCUCUUCUUCGAUCUCCAAACUUCACCUCAACUGACUUGAUCAUUGACUUUUCUGGAAGAAGAUUCAGGUUUGGAACCAUUGCUACAAAGAAAGUCAUAUUAGUUCUGACAGGACUGGGAAUGAUUAAUGCAGGAAUAACCACUCAGCUUUUACUAAGCAUGUUCAGUGUAGAAGGAGUGGUGCAUUAUGGCACAGCUGGCAAUGCGAAUCCAACCUUCAACCUUGCAGAUGUGGUCAUUCCUCAGUAUUGGUCCCAUACUGCUCUUUGGACCUGGCAAAGAUAUGGACAUGGGCCUGAAGAUGAUUUGCCUCUAAAUUCAAUGAGAGAUAUUGGGUGCUUGAACCUUGCAAGUUACACAGUGAAUGUGACAGAUGGGAGCUCAUAUGAUAACUUGUUGAACAAUAUUUGGUAUCAGUCAGAGGAAGUCUUUCCCAUUGAUGGAACUCCAGAACAAAGAGAGUUUACCUUUUGGGUCCCUGUUCAUCCCUUCUACUAUGAAAUCUCCAAAAAUCUGGAGGAUCUGAAACUAGAAGGUUGCCUAAACUCAACAUCAUGUUUGUCACAUACACCAAAAGUGGCAAGAGUUCAGAGGGGAACAAGUGCAAGCAUUUACCUAGACAAUGCUGCUUACCGUGACUUCAUAUAUGAUAAGUUCAACAUAACUCCGGUGGACAUGGAAAGUGCUUCUGUUGCUUUGAUAUGCCUUCAGCAAAGGGUGCCCUUCAUAGCCAUCCGGGCUCUCUCUGACUUGGCCGGCGGUGGCUCUGCGGAUUCCAAUGAGGCUGACACAUUCAAUACUCUCGCUUCCCAUAAUUCAGCCACAGUUGUUGUUGAAUUUAUCAAACAGUUAGCAGCUGCUAGUUGUGCAUCUAUUAUGUGUCCUAGUGAUGAUGUUUACUAAAAGGGGGCGUUGCCCAUUUUGCAAUUUGUCAUAGGGGGAUUUUGUAAUUAAUUUAAAUUACUUGGGGGGGGCUACUUUGUCAAUUUAGUG